AUGGAGAAGCUGGCGAAUGGUAAUGGUUGGCGGAUGGAGCUCAUUACAGAACCGUGGUUUCCGAAGGUGAUUCAGCAUCUGCGCCAAACGUUCUUUGCCGACGAGCCCCUCAACAAGGCCGUCAGUCUUUGUCACCCCGGCCACGGGCAUACGCUACUGGAGAGGCACAGUCUCUCGAGUCUGCAUGAUGGCAUCAGCGCCAUGGCGGUCACCAACAAUGGCGAGAUCGCUGGCGUCGUCGUGAACGGGAUACUCCAUGGAAACGCAGACACGGGCCGUGCCCUAGAAAAGCUUGCCGAAACGGACGACGACAAGUUUCGCAAGAUUUUCACCCUACUGUACGAGGAAAACCUUAAGAUUGAUCUGUUUAAGCAAUUUUCGGUGGAGCAAAUUUUUGAAAUCCGCAUCCUGUCGGUAGAUUCCAAAUUCCGUGGUCAAGGGUUGGCCAAAGCGUUGAUGAGAAAGAGCGAAGAAAUUGCUCGCGAUAAUGGCUUUCGGGUGAUGAAAACCGAUGCAACAGGAUUGUUUUCGCAGCGCGUGGCAAGCUCACUAGGGUUCACUGACCGCCACGAGGUCAAGUACGAUGAGUAUCUCGACGAGCACGGCCGCCCAGUGUUUCACGUGGGAGCGCCUCAUGAUCGUUUGAAGAUCAUGUACAAGACACUAGGUUAA